AUGCCAAUUGAAGCUCUGUCAGAGGACACCACGCGUGCUCUUGGCUCUUCUCUGGUCCUGAACGAUGCGAAGUCAGUCGUCAAAGAGCUUAUCGACAAUGCUCUGGAUGCCCAAGCCACAGCUAUCAGUAUUGAGAUCUCAGCAAAUACACUAGACGUCAUCCAGGUCAAGGACGACGGCACUGGCAUCCAUGUUGAAGAUCGACAGCUUCUUUGUAAGCGUGGUUGUACCUCUAAGAUUAGAACGAUUGAGGACCUCGGCCGACUUGGUGGUGCCUUUCUCGGAUUUCGAGGUGAGGCUCUGGCAAGUAUAGUCGAACUGAGUCAAUUUGUGACUGUCACUACUCGUGUGGACGGGGAGGUUGUGGGAACAUCGAUCAAGUAUGCUGCCUCGGGAAUGAUCAGUUCUUCUUCAGCUUCUCAUGCCGUCGGAACAACGAUACGCGUGCAAGAUUUCCUCAUGAAAAUACCGGUCAGAAAACAGUCGGCUUUGAAAGCAACCACGAAAACUCUGGAGGCUAUCAAGUCUCUCCUUUUCGCAUUCGCCUUCGCAAGACCUGAAGUGCGCUUCUCGUUGAAGGUGCUGAAGGCGAAGAAUAACAAACUCAACUGGACUUACGCUGCGACUCCGGACCAAUCUCUGACCGAAAUUACUACAAAGAUUGUCGGGAAGGAGCUCGCGUCUGUAUGUGCGCAUCAUACAAUAAUCUCUGAUGACUGCCGUGCCACUGUGGGCACCGACUGGGCCAUCAGCGCCAUGUUGAUCUCCGCAUCCGCUGAUCCUGUCAGGAUUCGCAACACCACACAAUAUAUUUCCGUCGACGCUCGCCCAGUAAACACGGAACGACAAACAAUGAAAGAGAUUGCCAAGUCCUAUAAGCGCCAUGUCCGGAACAGUGUCUUGUCGGCGACCGGUGUUUCGGUACAGCGACCAUUCCUCUGCAUGGACAUACGUUGUCCUCCAGAAAGCUAUGAUGUUAACGUCGACCCUGCGAAGGAUGAAGUCCUUUUCCUUGACCUUCGCUCCGUUCAGCUGUUGUCAUUGGUGGAAAGCUUGUUCCGUCGAGCAUAUCCUAAGCCCGGUAACCGUGGAGAAGGGGCAGAGAACUCAUCCAUCCACAAAGACACAGCUUCGCCCCGUGGGACGUUCGGCUUCGACAAGAACACGCUUCGUUCAACCCGGGCUGAUGCAGAAAAACGAGACGCGGUAAAUAACGAAGCUGAGCAAGAACCACUAAGCUCAGAAGACUCACCUCUACGUGGAUCAAGCAUGAGGAAUCCUUUUGUCAUCGCGGCUAUGAAUGCUAAGAUCAAGCCCGUAAAGAUGGGCAGCAAUCAAGCAAGCGGGCUAUCAAGGAUGAGUGGAAGUGCUACGUCUGACAAUCCAGAUGAAGAGGCUCUGUCGACUCCUCAUCCGGGAGACUGCUCUCCCGGAAAGACGCCCGAAUCUCAUCUACAGCGUAGUGGUCACACUACCCCGUCUACAUCCCCCAGACCAGGACCUCCGAUGAGGCGAAGAGUCAAAACUACCACCAGAUUUGAUGACGAGGAAGCGGUGGAACCAGAUUCUCAUGUUGACCAUCGUGUUGCCACUCCUCAGCAGACAGGCUUACAGUCAUGGUUGACCCCAAAUGCUGCGUUACCACCUCUUAUCCGUCUUGGGGAGGCAAGUACAAACAUGCAGCGGCCCAGCUCAUCUGUAGAUAACACCACGCUUAUUCCUGAUGUGACGGGCCCAGCAUAUGACGGGAUUCGCUUGAGCUCUCAAGUCGGUCGAAGGUUGGAACCUGGUCAAAAGCCUUUCAAAAUUCUGUCCAAAUCCAAACAUCAAGGCCAAAUCUCCGAGGGGCUGCCUCCAACACCACCGUCUAGUCUUCAUGGUCGACACCGAAGAUCCCAACAAGGAAGAUCGCCGAGCCACUUUAUCGGAUCAAAGCCAGGCGAGCAUUGGAGUAUGAGCCUUUUCUCCAGCCAGCAACUUCGACACAAAACAAGCACAAUGAGUGCUGCGAAUUCUCCGCUGAGCGGGCUCUCACAACACGAUACGGAACUGAAUGAUAUCAUGGAAUUCGAACACCGAAAGAAGGCCGCGAUAGCUCAUCAAAGAAUACAGGCGGCCAGAUCGUUGUCCACUCCAAUUAGAAACACAUUAGGUUGCUCGAGCCAACCUGAGAUAAUUGGUGCGUCGACGGACGCUGUUGAGAAAGAGCCAAUGUUUGAGGACUAUGGCGCCGAGUAUGGCAGCAAGGAGGAUGGCAGCAUGAAACAGUCAAACCCGGAUCCUCGUCGCAACCAUUACAAGAAACCAAUCAAGAAUCCGUCCCACUCUCAUCCGGAUGAAGAAAGCGAGACACUUCUUGAUCCUGAUGAGCAUUGCGCCUCUCUGGCUAUUGGUGCGGGGACUGCUGCCUACGGACCGCCUGUGCUCUCGCACGAUGAUCCACGGGCCUAUAUGAUGAGACAACCACCGAAGCAAUUGCGAGGCAAACUACAUCGCACCAAGUCCACCAAAUUACCACUCGAAAGCAUGCUCCCUGGAACUGAAACUUUCGGUCUUGCACUUACGACGAACGCCUUCGACAGUCUACAAGACAUCAGCAAGCACUUUCUGAGACUCGCAUUCUUCGAUUCGUAUAUCAAAUAUGGCAAGGUGGGCUGCACAGAUCUCGAUUCAGCUGAUCCAUCGACUCUCCGCGACUGGGAAUACUCCAUCCGCAGCUUAAUCGAUAGAAGGGACUCUCCGCGGACACAAAAGGAAAAGGAUAUGAUUGCGAAUACGAAGUUUACUAUUUCGGGCUGUUCUCGCGAGGCUGAAGAGGUAACAUGA